GACGGUGUUGCAUUGUUUCAACUGGAAAAUUCAGGGAAACGGAUAUUUAAAACGAGGCUUGAUUUUUAUUGAAAAACAAUCAAGUAUCGUUACAUCCCCCUCCCCUGGGAAAAAUUGAAGUUGCGUUGAAGACACAAGUUCAAUUUAAUAAGGGGUAACUGGCCCAUCAAAAAAAAAAAAAAUUAAUCGGAAGUUCAAAUCGGUUAAGUGCUCGCUAUCUCACCCUUACAGAGUUCUCAUCCUAAUCUAAACAGUACAAUAGAAGUGAUAUCCGGAUCUGCUCACAGGCGUUGUUCAGUAAUCGUCCGGUGUGCGCUCCUUCCAUGUAUAGUGGCUCCCUCCUAUCCAUGAUCCAUGAUCCAUACUCUGCGCUCUGCGUUACGCUCCGUGAUCGGUGUCGUCCCUAGCUAUGGACCGAAGUGCGUGUGAUCUUUGAUCCGAUUGUCGGUAGACGUUCGACAUAACCUAUUCCGUGGCACUCUAUGACUGUCGUUGGUUCGGUGGCAUCUGUCAGAAACAACGUGCUUUUAGUGAAAUGAAAUUAAUCCAGAAUUGGGAAAUUAAAUCGAUGGCAACAUAUAACGGGAACUAUCAUUCACGAUGAAAUGGGCUGAUGAGGCAUCUUUGACGUUGACCACUUGUUGACACUGCUUCCUUCUUGGAUGUUGGUUCGGUGCAUCAAUUGACUACGAAGAUGGGUCAAGCAGGUGGAAAUGUACCCAAGCUUGAAAUCACUCGUUGUUGGAGGUGAAUUGGACCCUCUCACCACACUGGAGGUGGAUGUGGACAUUCACUGUGUGCCAGAAUAUUGUUCGGAGUUGGGACGUAAUCCCUGACGGAGGAAUGGUGGAGGCUCUCUGAUCCGACAGUCCCCGCUAGAUCAUACACUACAGGAGAGACUACCUUAAUAACGGUAUACGGUCCGGCGAACUUUGCAGCCAGUUUAGCUGCGAAACUGUCGACAGCGGAUGAUAACGGAUUUGUGCGACGGAGAACUUUGUCACCUACAUGGAAGCGAACUUCUCUACGGCGUAGGUUGUAAUGAUGAGCCUGCUGUUCAAAAGCCCUGUACAAGCGAGCUUGCACAAACUCAUGUGCUUCCUGUAGGUGCCGGAUUUGUUCUGUACGGAUAUCGAAAGCCUUCUGCUGGUCUUCUCCCCAUUUCCACCGCUGUUUCUUCUUGAGUAGCAGGGUUAGCGGAGAAACUACAUUGGAGAAAUUCUCGAUGAAUCGACGGUACCAGCUCGCAACACCCAGGAAUCGGCGUAACUCUCGGACGGUCUUGGGAGCAGGAAAUGACACUAUGGAUGCCACUUUAUCCGGAUCCGUACAGAUGCCUUCGGAAGUGACGACAUGUCCCAGGUACUUCAGAGACUUCCGGACAAACUCACAUUUGUCGGGAUUGAGACGGAUACCUUACGAGACUCGGCCAAUCUCUCCACCUCCUCGAUGAAGCCGCUCACACUACCUGUGCCACCAAAUGAAAUAUUCCAUUUGUGGACAGGAAUGGUUGGCACCGGUGACGGUCGAGGUUCCGGCUCUAAUGGUACUCUCUCUCUGGUCAUGGUCCUGCCAGAGUUCACACAAGAUGUAGGUGAUGCUGUCCCACAGUCCUGUGACUGGGUGACAGGUAAUGCCGGUAUCUGCCGCAGUAAUGCUGUACAUGUCCGCCUUGUCUCGUUCAUGACAUGUUCUAAUGUUUUAUUCCUUACAGGUGUACCAGUAUGUGAGACAUCAGCAGCUGUCAGAAGAUUGACCCCAUCUCCAAGAUCAAUCAGGGAUGUUUCAGCUCUUUCCGGUUGGAUCAGGGACAUCCCAGGUGAACUGGGAACCUCCACAUCCAAGAGGGACCGUUCCUGCUGACUGGAUGGCUGUCCACGGGUGUUGCUACUACUCAGUUGCUCCAGCGUCUCCAAGGCCUUAGUUGUAGUCGCCUUCAGUUGUUCGAUCAGUUGUAACUGUGCUUCAUCGGAAGUGACAAUAAAGUUCAGUCUUCCCUGAA